CAAGGCUGGGAUGUACCUCGAAGAUAUAGGGGGGUUGCACAAUAACGAUAAACUAAUCGUCGAACAGAAUCACGAAGCCGCCCACCACAACUAUGCUAGACACGAGGAAGAGGAGGGAUGGAGUGGUUGGAGACGAAAGGGAAGGUCUCCAAUGUCAGUUGAGAAGAGAAGCCUGUCACCGGGACGAAGCUGAGGAAGGAGGAAGAGGCGAGCUGAAGCAGGAGUGAUCACCGAAAAAGGAGAAGAUGGAUGGGCUGGAUAGAAAAAGAAAAGGACCGGGGGGAGCUAAUAUGCAAAGCACCACGGACCUUCGACUAGUGGACGAUACGUGGGUUUGUAGUGGAGGAUUGAGAGAGGGAGGGAGGAGUGGGUAUGGAUGAGCACCGGAGCAAUCAGCUGAGGGGGGGAG